UAUGUGUAUUGAGUUGUCGAAGUCGAAGUCGGUCUUGCGAACGCAUCGAGCCGAUUCAUUUCAAAACACAUUUUGAAAGAUAAAUAAAAACAUUAACUUUCGAAAGAGACAAUAUUCACGAUAAGAUUUUAGUGUGUGAAUUUAAUUAUUUAACUUGUGACUGUUGGAAUUUUACUUUGCGAUAACUGUUUUAUUCGCCUUCUUACUACUUAGCAUACGAAAGAUGCACCACAAGAACUGGAUUUAACUUAACCCUUAACCUGUGGGCACACUUGAAAAGUGCUUGUGUUAAACUCAUAAGUGAAAUGGUUUUUAUUUCUAUGUGUUGUCAUCUUAUGGGGUAAAAAACAUUGGUACCCCUUUAGGUAAGAAAACUAGGAAGCAUCAUCUCCACCGGCACGGUGACGGUGUCAUGGCCUGGCAUGGGAAACUGAGGCCCGGUUUAUUACUUUUACUUUUUUCGUUCGUUGUUAUAUCGGAGGCGACAGCAAAAGCUCUAGAACAAUACAAGUAUGAAACCGCUUACGCUUGUGAAGGGAAAACAUUGAAAAUCGAAUGCAAGGAUGGUGAGGCGAUCAAACUGAUCCGUGCGAAUUAUGGACGAUUUUCGAUAACUAUUUGUAAUGAUCACGGAAACACCGAUUGGAGUGUCAACUGUAUGUCGCAGAAAUCUUUGAGGGUACUUCAUGCCAGGUGUACGCAUUAUCAAAACUGCAGUAUACCGGCGAUUACAAGCAUGUUCGGAGACCCUUGCCCUGGGACGCAUAAAUAUUUAGAAGCUCAUUAUCAGUGUCUGCCCGCAACGACUACCACGACAACAAGCCGUCCAAGUCCGCCAUGGCUGAUAACGUCCCAACCGCCAAUGUGGAGUACCAUUAAAACUCCAUCCGCUCGUCCUCCUACCACCAGGGGUACCAUAACCCUUCCUGCUCCCAUACCUGGUCCAAUGCCUUCCUCCACUUCUGUAAACAUUCCUACUUCUACCUCUGGAGGGCAUCCAGAAAUUGGUCCACCAAUUGAGACUGUAUCCAAAAAGAACUCGGACGUUUGGAGUUGGGCUCCAAAUAAUAACAAUAAUAAUUAUGACAUUACUACAUUACCGCUCACUACCAUUAUGCCAAUUGGCGGAGUGAAUAAGAAGACGCUGGCAGCUGACUCAUCAACAUCUUCCUAUUCUUCAUCAAUUCCAAGUAUCUAUACUUGGGAUAAAGACUUGGAUUAUCUUCCAUAUCAUUGUAACUCCACCACAGUACGAAAUAUUUUUUGGAAAAGCACUCGCGUUAAUGAGACUGCAAUCCAACCAUGUCCCCCUGGCACAACUGGUUUUGCCAAGUGGCAUUGUGCAGAUGUACAAUUUUCAACGAAUCCCGAAUGGAUACCACUUAAUCCAGAUUUAAGUGAAUGUCGUUCUGUUUGGUUGACUAGUUUGGAACAAAGAUUGUUAAUUGGAAAGGACUUGCUGAUGUCCAUAAUUAGGGAUUUAUCGACAGUAACUGGUAGUAAAACGCUUUAUGGGGGAGAUAUGGCUAUAACAACAAAAAUUAUACAAAAAAUGACUGAAAAAAUGUCUCAGGAUAUUCUUACAUUCCCAGAUACGAGGCAAAGGGAAGCUAUAGUCACAGAAAUGUUAGGUUACGUAACUAAGACGAGCAGCAACUUAUUGGAUGCUGCUCAGUAUAGUUCCUGGAAAGAUUUGAGUCACAAGGAACAAAUGAGUGUAGCAACAUCUCUUCUAAUUGGGUUAGAAGAAAAUGCGUUUUUAUUAGCCGAUACUGUUACUAGUCAGAAAACCGUUAAUAGGAGAGAAAAAAAUAUUUUGCUUUCCGUACGGGUAUUGGAUACGAAAUACCUAACUAAUGAAUUGUUCCCCUCCGAUGACAGUAAUAAUGACUGGAAAGCUAGCAACGACUCGAUAGAAUUACCCAAAGAAGCUUUAUUGGAAAAUACCGAUAGCAACCUUGUUAAACUUGUUUUUGUGGCAUUCGACAGACUGGAAGAAAUCCUACAAUGGCAUCCUGAUAAUACUGACGCUGCCAAUAAUAUAACAAGGAUUCUUAAUAGCAAAGUUAUAUCAGCAAGUCUUGGCAAAGGGCGCCAUAUUCAAUUAAAAGAACCUGUAAGACUGACAUUAAAACAUAUUAGGACAGAAAACGUUAGCAAUCCAAGAUGUGUUUUUUGGGAUUAUACUACUAAUGCUUGGUCUGAAGAAGGAUGCCACGUGGAUGUCUCUGAAUCGAAUUAUACACACACAGUUUGUUCCUGUGAUCACUUAACUAACUUUGCAAUUUUAAUGGAUGUGCAUGAUAUUUAUCUACCAAUACCACAUGAAAUUGCUUUGCAAGUGAUCACCUAUGUUGGCUGUGUCAUAUCCAUUAUUUGUCUCAUACUUGCUAUUGUGACAUUUCAGUUAUUUCGUGGACUCAAGAGCGACAGAACAACGAUACACUGUAACUUAUGUACAUGCCUCCUCAUAGCUGAAUUUAUAUUCCUUGUCGGAAUAAACAGAACGGAAAAUAGGAUAUUUUGCGGAGUGAUUGCUGGAGUAUUACAGUAUUUCUUUUUGUGUUCAUUUGUGUGGAUGUUUUUCGAAGGUUUUCAACUCUACGUGAUGUUAAUCGAAGUAUUUGAAGUAGAGAAGUCCAGGAUACGAUGGUACUACAUCUUCGCCUAUGGUCUUCCAUUUCUAAUAGUGGUGGCCUCUGCAACAGUGUACCAUCAAGGCUACGGUACUGUUAGGCAUUGUUGGUUAAAAACUGACAAUUAUUUUAUUUAUACCUUUGUCGGUCCCGUACUUAUCGUGAUGCUGCUGAAUGUCAUAUUUUUGACAAUGGCAAUAGUAAUGAUGUGCAGGCAUGCAAGCGCUUCUGUGUCAAUGAAAAAUAAAGAACAUUCCAGGCUUGCUAGCACGAGUGGAAAGGAGGAAAAUGCACUUCGUAUGAAAUUUGACUUGGCAUGGUUGAAAGGAGCGUUCGUUCUAGUUUUCCUGCUAGGACUCACUUGGAUCUUCGGAUUUUUAUACAUUAACCAGGAAUCGGUUGCCAUGGCUUAUUUGUUUGCCACUUUCAAUUCCUUCCAAGGUUUCUUUAUAUUCCUUUUUCACUGCGUUCAAAAUGAAAAGGUCCGAAAAGAAUAUCGCAAAUUCAUCCGUCGUCAUUCCUGGUUACCAAAAUGUCUACGUUGCUCAAAAUCCGGUUCUGGCGCAGGUAGUAGCAGCACUGGCAACACCGGAAGCUGUACUACUAGUGGCGGGGUUGGAGGCAAGGAAAGACGACCAAGUCUUUACGGAUCAAACGGGAACCCAUCUGCUGGCACCAAUUCCCAUUCGACGGAUAAUUCCGUUCUAACACCUCACGGAACUAGUUUGCAACGAGGUUGGAACUCCCAGAGCUGUACAAACGUCAAUCGAGCAUGUCGCACACCUGUACCCACAUCUACGUCGGCCAACACGGCUGCUACUCUGUCUCGCCCCCCACGUCCCACAGAUUCCGUUCCUUCUCCCGACCUCGAAGCCCCUAACACUUCCACCCUUCCAUACAUUCGCAAUGUCUAUAAAACCUCCUCCGUCAAUCCUAACAUCCCUAAAUCUGUUUCUACUUGGGGUCCUCUGCACAAACCCUUACACUGGAAGAACAUUUCUUUUAAGUCGUAUAGUCGAGAUUCCGGACAUGGAGGGUCGGAGCAAGAAGAAUCUCCCAGAUCGCACAUGAUAAUAACCGAAGCCCAUCGUCAUUCUGCCACGUUAGCCAAAGAGCUCCAACGUCAAGCUCAGGCUAAUCAACAAGCCGCAUAUGGAGACUACGGCAUGCGACAAGUUGCGCAACAGGCUCACUGCGUUGCUACCGGAAGAAAAAAAGGCCACCCGUCCAAGCCUUAUCCUUGGGGUCAUCACACUUAUACUGAAAUCUAUGAUGGACAAACUCCCAGGGGAUUUGUUGAAGAUGAUCCUGUUUAUGAAGAAAUAGACCGGAAUGAGAUCCAAGUCAGUGAUAUGAGCGAUGAAGAUGCAAAACGGCAAAGCGAUAUGAGUAGACAGAGCUCUAGAUCCUAUGGAGAUCAUAGACCCUUGAUUCCAUACAGUUCAGGCGCAGAAAGGAAUUUUUUGGAUGUACUAAACAACAAGGAACUGGAAAAUACCUACAGGCUAAGAUGCAAUAACGUUGGGCUCCCCUAUCGUGCUCCCCAGAGUGAUGUAAGAUCAUUAGCGGCUGUCUUAGAUGGUGAAACUGUAGUGUGCCAUUUGGAACCUCCUGAGAUGUACCCCCAUCAGCACUUAGAUGUGGCUUAUGUGUCUCGAACUUUAUCCCACCUUCCUUCAUAUAGUGAAAGUUAGAAACUGCCAUUCGCAAGUAAUUAUCUGUGAUUAUCGCAUGAUCAGACUGUUUGGUCAUAUAAUUAUUAGUUUUGUUAGUAAGGCUCAGCUUGAAUGAAAGAAAGUGAUAAUUUUAUAAUAAUCGACUAUUUUAUAAUAAAAUCGACUAGUAACGUGAGUUAUUCCAGUCAGCCUGUUAGUUUAUUUCGUGAUUCUCUAGGAAUGACCCAGGGGUCGUGUUGCUUCAGAAAACAAGUAUUUUUUAACAGGACAAUUAAAAAAGUAAAGUGGCAUGGAAUUUUUCGAGAAAUUGUGAUUAGUUCAACAAAAUUUUGUAAAAAUGUUCAUAUUCUCCAAGAAGUCUUAAUUUAUAUAGGGUGAACUGUGAAUAGAAAUUAAUAUCGAUUAAAAAUAUGUCAUGGGAGAUACUCUGAUGUUAAUAAAUAUCUAAAAGCUCUUUGGACGAUAUCGUAUUAGGUGGACAUUUAUUUAAUAUUGAAUUUUUUACAUAAAUACAUAAUUCUCACUUUACUUUUUGACGCGUCUACUUUUAGAGGCAAUAUUUGUUUUAUAUAACUAUAGAUAAUUGUUGUAAUACAUACGUAAAAGUACUUAAUAAAGUUGUAGUUGUUAUGAUAGUUUUCUUAAGCAACAAGCGUCCCUAAAAGAAACGUUGCAAUAAGUUUCUUGUUUAUAUAAUCUUAGGGCAGCGUAAGCCCAUAUCUAUAGUUUCAGCAAAUGUAUGGGAUUUAAUGUAACUUAAUUAAAUAUUUGGUGUUACACGAAUGGACCUAUUGACGCACCUGUAAUUUGUUUUAACCUCAUAUUGUCAUUGUCGUUUUAAAACUCUAAAUGUGUAAAUUCCAGGUGUGUUACUAUAUCGACUAAUUGAAAUCUUUAUGAACAUAUAAUAUAAGUCGUGAAAAUGUUUUGAAAAAUCAGGAACAAAAAAUAUUAUAAAUGUCCAUGUUAUUGAUGUACCUGCAUAUUAAUCAGUGUGCCCCUUGGAUCCUUAUUAUAAACACGUUCUAUAUGUUCAUUUAAAAAUACGAGUUUGGAAGUAAGUAAUCUGUUGAUUAUAUAGGUCCUAUACCUAAAGCAAUCCAAAUUUUACAUAACCUAAUUUAGUGAAAAACAAAUUCUUUUUUUAUUUAUUUGUAAAUAAAAUUAUCUGUUUUAUUUUAUAGUGCUGUUUAAGUUAAGACUUAGCUAGCACAGAUUUGUAAAUAUUGAAAUAAAAAUGGCAACUGCAA